GCUCUCACCGUGACCGCCACCGCCCUCCCCACGACAUCAGGGCCCGAGGGCACCAUGACGCUGCUCAAGCUGUCCCUCAUGGCCUUCAGCUUCGUCUUCUGGGCAGCGGGGCUGACCAUGCUCAUCAUCGGCCUCUGGGCCAAGGUGUCUCUGGGCAGUUACUUAGCGCUGUCGGCCAGCGGCUACCCCAGCGCCCCCACCAUCCUCUUGGCCACCGGCGUCGCUGUCAUCAUCUGGGGCUUCCUGGGAUGCUUCGGCGCCGCUACGGAGCACCGGGGACUCCUGCGCGCCUACAGCGCCUUCCUGGCGGCCGUGCUGGCGGCCGGGCUGGCGGCCGGGCUCUCGGCGCUGCUGUACCGCCAGACCCUGGCGCAGGGCUUCCAGGAGGGGCUGCGCCGGGCGCUGCUGGCCUACGGGGAGGACGACGGCGUGGCGGACGCCCUGGACGCCCUGCAGCGAGCCUUGUCCUGCUGCGGCGUGGAGAGCUACCGCGACUGGCUGCGCUCGCCCUGGGCGCUGGGGCAGAACGGCUCGGUGCCCCUCAGCUGCUGCCGGGCCCGCCGCGGCUGCCAGCGCCGCCCGCCCGACGCGCGCUGGCUGCACCGCGACGGCUGCUUCGGCAGGGUGUCCGCCUUCGUCGGCAGCAACCUGUACUGUGUCGCCACCGCUGCCCUGGGGCUGGCACUGCUGCAGCUCGUCGGCAUCGUGCUGGCCUGCCUGCUGGCUGCCCGCGUCCCUGCCCACCUGCUGGGCAUCGCCACCCCUCGCUGAAUCCCCCCACUCCUACCCCUAGUCCCCUCCUGCCCUCUUCUUUCCCUCAUAACUGUGUACAUCCCACUGGGAAUAUCCUUCCUUCAGAUUCAGCAUUUCCACUUGAGCAUCGUCCUCCAGGCUCCAUUCCUCUGGAGCCUGUGUUAGGGGCUAUGAGCAUCUAAGUCCUUCAGGGGGGAAGGUGCUGGGAAGGUGCGUGCUGGCCUGACCAUGUGUCCUGCAGGGCAGCAGGUCCCCGCUGGAGCCUCUGGACAACUUCUGCAGGGAGUGGUGGCAGCAUGGACAUCACUCUCUGAGGCAGCAGGGACAUCUGUGGCAAGGCUGGCCGGUUUUCUGGGUGAUGUAAACAGCAAGGCACCUAAACGUGGACCAGGAAAGAGUAGAGGGUCUAGGAGAGCAAGAGAGGUGUCUCAACAUUACACCAUGUGAGUAUUCUUCUGAGACUGGAAAAUGAUGUUACUGGAAAGCUGCUGGAGUGCUCGAGGGGCAGGCCUGGUCCAGGGGACAGCCGUGCCAGCAGCUGGCACUGGGAGCUGCUUGAGGGACUGUCUUGCACCGUGCAUCCCAUUGCCGCAGAUAUCCUCCUUCCUUCGGUGUGAGUGAAUUCAAGUUGUCCAGCUGCUACGUGUGCUUUUCCCGCUGUUUCCAAUGCCGAUUUCCAUCCAAAGGUGGAGCUGCAGCUCUAAGUGUUACUCCCUCCUUCAGGAUAUGCCUGUCGUCGUAGCCAGUGUGUGGCUGGUUAUAGAUAUCUUUGCCGGGCUGAAAAGACCUAAAACCUUGGUCCCUGUUGUACAGGAAGAUGGCAAAAGCUGUACGAUCAGAUCUGAUGAGGGAUGGCAAGAGGAGGGAAGGGUUCACUACCCUUCAGAAGUUUGUUUUGGACUUUUACUGUUAACAUCGGGAUGAAUGGAAUAGGCUGACUGUUUUAUAAAAGGGUUUCUAGAAAACAGCCCUCAGACUGUAACAUUGUUCCUCUCUCAAAGGAUCUGUCUCUGAAGUCUGCCCCCACCUACAUUUUUGAAGCCAGACCUGUAUACAACCUGAGAGUAAAUGGAGAAUCCCCAAGACUUGCUGUGCAGCCCUGGGUGUAUUCAGGUCAGACAGCAAAAUAAAUCUACAAGAAUUUGGGGUUUUUUGCAACAGGUCUGGAUUUGCAUUUGGAGUUUGAGGAAGAGCAAGCCAUGCACUUCAGAGAGUCCUGAACUUUCAUAGCUUAACGCUGGCUUCUUUCCACUUCCUUAAUACCCAUGAACUCUAUUUUUACAUAUUUCUCUACUUCACAGCACAGACAUGCCCACCUUAACCAGCAAACAGGGGAGGAAUGAUUUCAGAAAAGAACCACAAGAACCACCAGAACAUGGCAUCUCUUAGGAAUGUGGCUUGCAAAGUUGGGGAGGAUGAUCAAAUGAGUAAAGGAGAUGACUGGUAUCUUCAUGGAAGAGUGGAGCAACUUUGGGGGAAAAGCUUUUUUUCAUGUAUUAGGCAGCUAUUUAGCUAUGAUAAUCAUGUUCCAGGGUAACAGUGUAGUAGUGUGAACAGUCUUUGCAGUCAUUUGGGUAUUCAUCUGCAUGGGUGGACCCUGCAAAUGUGUUAGGAAUCUCUAUAGGCAAAACUGUGCUUUAAUUUUGAGGGCUGAUGUUUAUUAUUUUACAAAAUAUAAUUUUUGUUUUUGCUUGUAAAUGUCUGUGUAUAUUUUUUGAGUUAUGCAAUAGUGGAGUUCCUGUUUUUUUUCUGGAAGUCAAGAUGAUGUUGUACAAUUUUAACAAUGGGCAAAAAGUAUAGUUUGUAUGGUAAAUGUUACUUGAGAAAUAAAGUUUAGCAGCUGCUAAGAGCAAAACA